AAAGGCCCGGACUAGCUCGCAGCUUGUCAAUUUCAACAUCGGGUCACAUGACCAGCACCUCCCUGCUAAGGAUGGGGAUAGAUUUCCACGUCAGCUUACGUCUCCAAAUUUCUACUUCACCGAUCCGCUUCAAAGAGGCAGCUGCAGUGGAGAAUCAUGUUAAGCUCGGCUACUGCGGAGAGCCCAAGGUAGCCCAAUGAUGGAUUUUGAUGAGCGUGGUCCCUGCUCCUCUAACAUGUAUUUGCCAAGUUGUACUUACUACGUCUCGGGUCCAGAUUUCUCCAGCAUCCCUUCUUUUCUGCCCCAGACCCCGUCUUCGCGCCCAGUGACAUACUCCUACUCCUCCAACCUGCCCCAGGUCCAACCCGUGCGCGAAGUGACCUUCAGAGAGUACGCCAUUGAGCCCGCCACUAAAUGGCACCCCCGCGGCAAUCUGGCCCACUGCUACUCCGCGGAGGAGCUCGUGCACAGAGACUGCCUGCAGGCGCCCAGCGCGGCCGGCGUGCCUGGCGACGUGCUGGCCAAGAGCUCGGCCAACGUCUACCACCACCCCACCCCCGCCGUCUCGUCCAAUUUCUAUAGCACCGUGGGUAGGAACGGCGUCCUGCCACAGGCUUUCGACCAGUUUUUCGAGACGGCCUACGGCACCCCGGAAAACCUCGCCUCCUCCGACUACCCUGGGGACAAGAGCGCCGAGAAGGGGCCCCCGGCAGCUGCGGCGAUCUCCGGGGCGGCGGCGGCGGCGGCGGCGGCGGCCACCGGCGCGCCGGCAACUUCAAGUUCGGACAGCGGCGGCGGCGGCUGCCGGGAGGCGGCGGCGGCGGAGGAGAAGGAGCGGCGGCGGCGCCCCGAGGGCAGCAGCAGCCCCGAGUCGUCUUCCGGCCACACUGAGGACAAGGCCGGCGGCUCCAGUAGCCAACGCACCCGCAAAAAGCGCUGCCCCUACACUAAGUACCAGAUCCGCGAGCUGGAGCGCGAGUUCUUCUUCAGUGUCUACAUCAACAAAGAGAAGCGCCUGCAGCUGUCCCGCAUGCUCAACCUCACCGACCGCCAAGUCAAAAUCUGGUUUCAGAACCGGAGAAUGAAGGAAAAAAAAAUUAACAGAGACCGUUUACAGUACUACUCGGCCAACCCUCUCCUCUAAGGUCCCAGCCGCCUGGGAAGGGGUGGGGGGGCUUCGUACACUGAGAUUACAGGCAGAUUUCCCCCCUUGACAAGGUCAAGCCAGACAGUGACUUUUGAAGAGAGGAGGUGUGCAAAAAAGGGGAGGCUAGACAGAGCUAGGCCCACAGGAGGUGGCCUGGGACUUGCUUGGGCAUUCAUGAUUAGGAUUCCUAAUAAUUAUUGGAUUGAAAGAGUUGUGCGUCAACUAGAAUAAACGGUUUGGGACCCCUGGUGGCUCACUGUUAGAGCUUUCGGAGUUUGGGGCUGGGUGUGGUCUCCACCUGGGACUGGGCCCCCUGCCAGGCCCCCCAAAGGCCGACCCCCACCCAGGACCCUCCACACAGAGCCAGCCCACACCCCAGGACCCCUGCAUCAGGAAGCUUUGCACUCCCUGAACCCAGUUCAG